UUUCAUUCCUAUUACACACACGUCACCUACGGGCACUGUUCAAUUGAGAUUAUCAUACGCCACCACCGAGUACACUCCUAUCACUGACUUUUCCUCUCAUUCAUGGAACUUUUCCCUCAUUCCAUACGCUACCAGCCUACCACAAACUCCACUCCCACCAUUCGUCAGAGGUGAAAGGAGGAAGAAGCAGGGGCAAGCUUGCAUCAACAACCAUGAAUCUUUUUCCAGAGGUCAAAACAAAGCACCUCCACCGUAGCUCCGUGCAAUCUCUGGCCAGCCGCCAAUUGCUUCGCCCCUUAGCUCCAACAUGCCUCAACCAUGGUUGAAGGAGCUAUUAAGGAAAGGGUGAAAGGUUCCAUGGUUGAGGGAGAAGGAGGUGUGGCGGCUGUGUGUUUUGGGUUAGGGAAGGAGAAGGUUGAGUCAGUGAAGAGGCACUUAUUUCUGAACUUGGGUGGAUACAAGGGUUUCUAUGCUCACAAUACAAUCUCUCUAACUUCUAAGGGCGUGAAUGACAUACACAAGCGAGGAGGAAAUGACACCACUAAGAUAGUUGACAGUAUUCAGGAUCAAGGAAUCAAUCGGGUUUAUAUAAUUGGAGGAGAUGGAACUCAGAGGGGUGCAUGUAAGAUUUUUGAGGUUUAGUGAAAAAGAAGUAGCAGCUGAGGACACAACACAAUGAGCCUCACUGCCGCUUAAGAACUUUAAAGUACAUCCUUUGAUUCUCCUCACAUGAUUACUCACUUGAACAACCAAGUGCACUGUUGGUUUGGAUGCUUGAUAUCUGAUGAUGAAGUUGAAGAUGCAUUGUGAGCAUUUGGUUUGGAUGCUUGAUAUCACUGCUGAUCUCAUCAAUGAGAAUGAAUAUCUGGUUUGUUGUGUUUUUCUUUACUAUUACGUUGUUAGUAUUAAUUUAUUUGCAUUACGUACGUUGUGAAGUUCAAAUACGCAGAUUCUCCCAUAUCACAUCCGGCAAGAAUAUUUCGUACACUUGCCUCCCGAAAUAAGUGUUCUCCUUCCAAAUGGAUCAUGGACCAAUUCGGAAAUUCUUUGGUACUCAAUUGGUUAGAGAAGAGGUGAAAGGUUUGUCAAUUCUAGCUUAAAGGGUGAGAUAUGUUGCAGGUGGUUUGACUUCUAUAGGACUUAAUUUAGGAGGCUUGGUGAUAAUGUUGCAGUUCACAAAAUGCAGUUAUAGAAAAUGUCUUUUGCCAAAUAGAUUCAGGGUUAAUGUAUUCACCCUAUAAUCUAUCUUGAAGGUGUAACUUUGAUCAGUCUCUUUUGAUUAUCUCAUUUGGGCUUUUCUUGAAUUGUAGUACUUUGUGUGUUUAUAUGUGGAACUUAAAUUUCUUGCAACUAUGCAUGUUGUUUAAUGUGAAGAGCAAUUAUAUGAUUGCUCCAUAUCUGUCUGUUUUUUUAGAUGGGAAUCAAAUGAACCUAU